CACCCCGGCCCAUUCUCCCGCUUUCCAUCACCCCGCCCGACUCUCCCGCUUUCCAUCACCCCGCCCCAUUCUCCCGCUUUCCAUCACCCGCCCCAUUCUCCCGCUUUCCAUCACCCCACCCCAUUCUCCCGCUUUCCAUCACCCCGCCCCAUUCUCCCUCUUUCCAUCACCCCUCCCUAUUCUCCCUCUUUCCAUCACCCCGCCCCAUUCUCCCUCUUUCCGUCACCCCGCCCCAUUCUCCCGCUUUCCAUCACCCGCCCCAUUCUCCCUCUUUCCAUCACCCCGCCCCAUUCUCCCUCUUUCCAUGACCCCGCCCCAUUCUCCCUCUUUCCAUAACCCCGCCCCAUUCUCCCGCUUUCCAUCACCCCGCCCCAUUCUCCCGCUUUCCAUCACCCCGCCCCAUUCUCCCGCUUUCCAUCACCCCGCCCCAUUCUCCCGCUUUCCAGUACCCCGCCCCAUUCUCCCGCUUUCCAUCACUCCGCCUUUCCAUCACCCCGCCCCAUUCUCCCGCUUUCCAGCACCCUGCCCCACUCUCCCGCUUUCCAUCACCCCGCCCCACUCUCCCGCUUUCCAUCACCCCGCCCCAUUCUCCCGCUUUCCAUCACCUCGCCCCAUUAUCUCUCUUUCCAUCACCCCGCCCCAUUCUCCCUCUUUCCAUCACCCCACCCCAUUCUCCCGCUUUCCAUCACCCGCCCCAUUCUCCCUCUUUCCAUCACCCCGCCCCAUUCUCCCGCUUUCCAUCACCCCGCCCCAUUCUCCCUCUUUCCAUCACCCCGCCCCAUUCUCCCUCUUUCCAUCACCCCGCCCCAUUCUCCCUCUUUCCAUCACCCCGCCCCAUUCUCCCACUUUCCAUCACCCCGCCCCAUUCUCCCGCUUUCCAGCACCCCACCCCAUUCUCCCGCUUUCCAUCACCCCGCCCCAUUCUCCCGCUUUCCAGCACCCCGUCCCAUUCUCCCGCUUUCCAUCACCUCGCCCGAUUCUCCCGCUUUCCAUCACCCCGCCCCAUUAUCCCGCUUUCCAUCACCCCGCCCCAUUCUCCCGCUUUCCAUCACCCCGCCCCAUUCUCCCUCUUUCCAUCACCCCGCCCCAUUCUCCCGCUUUCCAGCACCCCGGCCCAUUCUCCCGCUUUCCAUCACCCCGCCCGACUCUCCCGCUUUCCAGCACCCCGCCCCAUUCUCCCGCUUUCCAUCACCCCGCCCGAUUCUCCCGCUUUCCAUCACCCCGCCCCAUUCUCCCACUUUCCAUCACCCUGCACCAUUCUCCCUCUUUCCAUCACCCCGCCCCAUUCUCCCGCUUUCCAUCACCCCGCUCCAUUCUCCUGCUUUCCAUCACCCCGCUCCAUUCUCCCGCUUUCCAUCACCCCGGCCCAUUCUCCCGCUUUCCAUCACCCCGCCCCAUGCUCCCUCUUUCCAUCACCCCUCCCCAUUCUCCCUCUUUCCAUCACCCCGCCCCAUUCUCCCUCUUUCCAUCACCCCGCCCCAUUCUCCCGCUUUCCAUCACCCGCCCCAUUCUCCCUCUUUCCAUCACCCUGCCACAUUCUCCCUCUUUCCAUAACCCGCCCCAUUCUCCCACUUUCCAUCACCCCACCCCAUUCUCCCGCUUUCCAUCACCCCGCCCCAUUCUCCCGCUUUCCAUCACCCCGCCCCAUUCUCCUGCUUUCCAUCACCCCGCCCCAUUCUCCCGCUUUCCAUCACCCCGCCCCAUUCUCCCGCUUUCCAUCACCCCGCCUUUCCAUCACCCCGCCCCAUUCUCCCGCUUUCCAUCACCCCGCCCGACUCUCCCGCUUUCCAGCACCCCGCCCCAUUCUCCCGCUUUCCAUCACCCCGCCGGAUUCUCCCGCUUUCCAUCACCCCGCCCCAUUCUCCCGCUUUCCAUCACCCCGCCCCAUUCUCCCUCUUUCGAUCACCCCACCCCAUUCUCCCGCUUUCCAUCACCCGCCCCAUUCUCCCGCUUUCCAUCACCCCGCCCCAUUCUCCCGGUUUCCAGCACCCCGCCCCAUUCUCCCGCUUUCCAUCACCCCGCCCCAUUCUCCUGCUUUCCAUCACCCCGGCCCAUUCUCCCGCUUUCCAUCACCCCGCCCGACUCUCCCGCUUUCCAUCACCCCGCCCCAUUCUCCCGCUUUCCAUCACCCGCCCCAUUCUCCCGCUUUCCAUCACCCCACCCUAUUCUCCCGCUUUCCAUCACCCCGCCCCAUUCUCCCUCUUUCCAUCACCCCUCCCCAUUCUCCCUCUUUCCAUCACCCCGCCCCAUUCUCCCUCUUUCCAUCACCCCGCCCCAUUCUCCCGCUUUCCAUCACCCGCCCCAUUCUACCUCUUUCCAUCACCCCGCCCCAUUCUCCCUCUUUCCAUCACCCCGCCCCAUUCUCCCUCUUUCCAUAACCCCGCCCCAUUCUCCCGCUUUCCAUCACCCCGCCCCAUUCUCCCGCUUUCCAUCACCCUGCCCCAUUCUCCCGCUUUCCAUCACCCCGCCCCAUUCUCCCGCUUUCCAGUACCCCGCCCCAUUCUCCCGCUUUCCAUCACCCCGCCUUUCCAUCACCCCGCCCCAUUCUUCCGCUUUCCAGCACCUUGCCCCACUCUCCCGCUUUCCAUCACCCCGCCCGAUUAUCCCGCUUUCCAUCACCCCGCCCCACUCUCCCGCUUUCCAUCACCCCGCCCCAUUCUCCCGCUUUCCAUCACCUCGCCCCAUUCUCUCUCUUUCCAUCACCCCGCCCCAUUCUCCCUCUUUCCAUCACCCCACCCCAUUCUCUCGCUUUCCAUCACCCGCCCCAUUCUCCCUCUUUCCAUCACCCCGCCCCAUUCUCCCGCUUUCCAUCACCCCGCCCCAUUCUCCCUCUUUCCAUCACCCCGCCCCAUUCUCCCUCUUUCCAUCACCCCGCCCCAUUCUCCCGCUUUCCAUCUCCCCGCCCCAUUCUCCCGCUUUCCAUCACCCCGCCCCAUUCUCCCGCUUUCCAGCACCCCGUCCCAUUCUCCCGCUUUCCAUCACCCCGCCCGAUUCUCCCGCUUUCCAUCACCCCGCCCCAUUCUCCCGCUUUCCAUCCCGCUCUCCAUCACCCCGCCCCAUUCUCCCACUUUCCAUCACCCCGCCCCAUUCUCCCUCUUUCCAUCACCCCGCCCCAUUCUCCCUCUUUCCAUCACCCCGUCCCAUUCUCCCGCUUUCCAUCACCGCGCCCCAUUCUCUCUCUUUCCAUCACCCCUCCCCAUUCUCCCUCUUUCCAUCACCCCACCCCAUUCUCCCGCUUUCCAUCACCCGCCCCAUUCUCCCUCUUUCCAUCACCCUGCCCCAUUCUCCCGCUUUCCAUCACCCCGCCCCAUUCUCCCUCUUUCCAUCACCCCGCCCCAUUCUCCCUCUUUCCAUCACCCCACCCCAUUCUCCCGCUUUCCAUCACCCCGCCCCAUUCUCCCGCUUUCCAUCACCCCGUCCCAUUCUCCCGCUUUCCAUCACCCCACCCGAUUCUCCCGCUUUCCAUCACCCCGCCCCAUUCUCCCGCUUUCCAUCACCCCGCCCCAUUCUCCCGCUUUCCAUCACCCCGCCCCAUUCUCCCUCUUUCCAUCACCCCGCCCCAUUCUCCCGCUUUCCAUCACCCCGCCCAAUUCUCCCUCUUUCCAUCACCCUGCCACAUUCUCCCUCUUUCCAUAACCCGCCCCAUUCUCCCGCUUUCCAUCACCCCACCCCAUUCUCCCGCUUUCCAUCGCCCCGCCCCAUUCUCCCGCUUUCCAUCACCCCGCCCCAUUCUCCCGCUUUCCAGCACCCCGCCUCAUUCUCCCGCUUUCCAUUACCCCGCCCCAUUCUCCCGCUUUCCAGCACCCCGCCCCAUUUUCCCGAUUUCCAUCACCCCGCCCGAUUCUCCCGCUUUUCAUCACCCCGCCCCAUUCUCCCGCUUUCCAUCACCCUGCCCCAUUCUCCCUCUUUCCAUCACCCCGCCCCAUUCUCCCGCUUUCCAUCACCCGCCCCAGUUUCCCGCUUUCCAUCACCCCGCCCCAUUCUCCCGAUUUCCAGCACCCCGCACCAUUCUCCCGCUUUCCAUCACCCCGCCCCAUUCUCCCGCUUUCCAGCACCCCGGCCCAUUCUCCCGCUUUCCAUCACCCCGCCCGACUCUCCCGCUUUCCAUCACCCCGCCCCAUUCUCCCGCUUUCCAUCACCCGCCCCAUUCUCCCGCUUUCCAUCACCCCACCCCAUUCUCCCGCUUUCCAUCACCCCGCCCCAUUCUCCCUCUUUCCAUCACCCCUCCCCAUUCUCCCUCUUUCCAUCACCCCGCCCCAUUCUCCCUCUUUCCAUCACCCCGCCCCAUUCUACCGCUUUCCAUCACCCGCCCCAUUCUCCCUCUUUCCAUCACCCCGCCCCAUUCUCCCUCUUUCCAUCACCCCGCCCCAUUCUCCCUCUUUCCAUCACCCCGCCCCAUUCUCCCGCUUUCCAUCACCCGCCCCAUUCUCCCUCUUUCCAUCACCCGCCCCAUUCUCCCUCUUUCCAUCACCCCGCCCCAUUCUCCCUCUUUCCAUCACCCCGCCCCAUUCUCCCUCUUUCCAUAACCCCGCCCCAUUCUCCCGCUUUCCAUCACCCCGCCCCAUUCUCCCGCUUUCCAUCACCCUGCCCCAUUCUCCCGCUUUCCAUCACCCCGCCCCAUUCUCCCGCUUUCCAGUACCCCGCCCCAUUCUCCCGCUUUCCAUCACCCCGCCUUUCCAUCACCCCGCCCCAUUCUCCCGCUUUCCAGCACCUUGCCCCACUCUCCCGCUUUCCAUCACCCCGCCCGAUUAUCCCGCUUUCCAUCACCCCGCCCCACUCUCCCGCUUUCCAUCACCCCACCCCAUUCUCCCGCUUUCCAUCACCUCGCCCCAUUCUCUCUCUUUCCAUCACCCUGCCCCAUUCUCCCUCUUUCCAUCACCCCACCCCAUUCUCCCGCUUUCCAUCACCCGCCCCAUUCUCCCUCUUUCCAUCACCCCGCCCCAUUCUCCCGCUUUCCAUCACCCCGCCCCAUUCUCCCUCUUUCCAUCACCCCACCCCAUUCUCCCUCUUUCCAUCACCCCGCCCCAUUCUCCCGCUUUCCAUCACCCCGCCCCAUUCUCCCGCUUUCCAUCACCCCGCCCCAAUCUCCCGCUUUCCAGCACCCCGUCCCAUUCUCCCGCUUUCCAUCACCCCACCCGAUUCUCCCGCUUUCCAUCACCCCGCCCCAUUGUUGUUGCAUAUUCGGGUGGCCCAUGCUCAAAUAUACCUACCAAAGCAAUUACAGCUUGGUUCGUGCGCACCAAAAAGUUCGGCGCAUGCGAUGACGGCUGUGUCUGCCGACAAAUGGUGA